CCGCCCCGCCGCGCCGGCGCAGGACCGCCCGCGGCCGGGCAUGGCGUGGCCGCGGCGGGGGCGGUCCCGCUCCCCGUCCCGGUGGCGGCGGGGCGGAGCGGCGGCGGCGGCGGGCGGCAUGGGGGCGGUGGGGCGGCGAGCGCUGCGGGCCGGGCUGGCGCUGGGCGCGCUGGCGCUGGUGCUGCAGGGGCUGCGGGGCUGGCUGGCCUCCAAGCGGUACGAGUUCACCCCCGCCGAGAUCGCCCAGCUCGCCCGGCACCACGCGGGGCUGGACCAUGAGCUGGCUUUCUCCAAGAUAAUCGUGGAACUACGGAAGAAGCACCCAGGCCACAUCCUGCCAGACGAGGACUUGCAGUGGGUGUUUGUGAACGCGGGUGGGUGGAUGGGCUCCAUGUGCCUCCUCCACGCCUCGCUCACUGAGUACGUGCUGCUCUUCGGGACAGCCAUUGACACCGGGGGCCACUCGGGUCGGUACUGGGCAGAUAUCUCUGACACCGUCAUCUCGGGGACCUUCCGGCAGUGGAAGGAGGGGACCACUAGAAGUGAGAUCUACUAUCCAGGGGACACCAUCGUGCACCAGGCUGGAGAGGCCACGUCGGUGCAGUGGAGUGCAGGCACCUGGAUGGUGGAGUACGGCCGGGGCUUUAUCCCCUCCACACUCGCCUUCGCCCUGGCUGACACCCUCUUCAGCACUCAGGACUUCGUCACCCUCUUCUACACCCUGCGCGUCUACGCCAAGGGCCUGCUCCUGGAAGCCAAUGCCGCCUUCAGCACCUUGGGCUGCUGAGCCCAGCUUGCCGGGGCGCCCUGCUGGGCACAGCUGGCUCCUCUCCUUCCAGCCUUCCUCUCUGCUCCUCCUCCUCCUCCCUGAGCCCAGACUCUAACAGCAGCAGCAGGAGACCCCCUGUGCUGCCCCCAAUUGCUCUGUCCUUCUCUAUGGGCCAGCUGGGUGCCAGGACACAGGGACCAUUGUGGUCAUGGCAACACAGACUGCCAGUUCUCUUUACUACCUGCCUUUUCCACUUUUGAUUGGAGCCAUGUCCUGCUUUUCCAUCCCUCGGGGCUGGAGUGGCCUUGCAGGGUAUUAACACCCCUGUGUGCCUUCAGCAUGCAGCGGGAGAGGGGCUGGAGCUGGCUGUCCCCAGGCUCCACAAAAUUUCUGCAGUUCCUCAGACAUCAGGAAGAGGAUGCUACCCUUGGGGCAGGGUACAUAGGGUGAGAGCCAGGCCAGAGUACCUGCUGUAAAUGUUAGCCAAGAGGUUCCCUGUCUCCCUGGCAGGCUGCCGGGGCUGCGGGCAGCGCAGGGCGCUGUGUCCAGCUGGCAGCAUCUCCUGUGGCUCCAUCCCUGCUGGUGUGGGUUGGCAGCACACAGUGUCUCCCUGGCAUAGGGCAGGAUCUGUGCUGGGACACCCUGGCAGCGCAGGGAUGCCCAGCCUGUGUGCUGGAGGGCCCUCCUGGUCCUCUGUGUGUCAUCUGCCCCAGAGGACAGCUGGGGCUGGAAAACGGUCCCUUUCCCUGCAGUCACACCCCAAGGGGAAGAGCCACCAUUUGUCGCCUUAACCAAGAGCCCGUUCUGCGUGGUCUCUGGGCUAUGCACAUACCUAGUGUCUGCAGGUGCCCAAACCUCUGUACUAGCUCAGGACAGGAUCUUGCCCCUCAAAACACUUCCCCUGGCUGUGAGACCCCCUGGGAACAGCCACCCCACUCGACUCCCAGUGCAGGGUCCUGGCCACCAAGGGGGCACCAUGGUCCCCCGACUGAGCCUAGCUGCGGACCCUACUUGCAGCCCUGUGGCCAGACCCCAGGCGGGCUCGUUGCUUGAUGGAGGGCUUUCACCUCCAUGCUGCUGCCGAACUUAACGUGUGUAUCCCUGGCCACCAAGCCUGUAGCAUGUCACUCCUGCUAUCCAGACUGUCCCCGUCCUGCUGACUGGCAGCCCUGCAAGUGGGCUACUUCUUAAUUUGCCACCUGAAAAGAGAUACCAGUAAUAAAAUUGUUCAUCCCACCCACUCAGGCCCCCGGAAGAGUCUCUGGAGCAUGCUGACUCCCUGCCACGGGGAACAGUGCUGUAUCCGGCCAGCUCUGGGCUCAGCAGGAGUCCUGCUGUCAGCUGGGGAUGGCUGGGUGUCCCUGGGCAGCCUGCACCAUCCCACCCGGGGUCCUGGGAGCUGGUGGGGGUGGGGGGUGCAGUGCUGGGCAGGAUCAGGCCCAUCUCAGCUCCCAGGGAUGGGCGGGAGAUGGUGCUGUUACUCCUCUCCACUGCCAUCGCUGGGGACCUAAAGCCUGGGCUGGUGCCAAGUCCCUGCCUCCAUAGGGGACCAAUGAGUCUGGGGGGCUCCAUCCUUUUGGGGAACAGUGCUGAUACUGGGCAUGUAGCCCUGGGGGUAGAUGCACCCAGAUGCAGUGGAUUGGUGGUCCUGAGAAGUCUACACACACACAACCACGUGCACCCUCCAGUGGGAGAAGGGCACAGGAGGGAAUCCCAGGGUACGUAGGCUGCAUGUGUGCACGUGCGUGUGCACACACAUGCUGGCAGACAGGUCGCAGGCACAUGUGUGUAUAGGUGCAAGCAGGAUGGUUUUGUGUUUGUGUGUCUUGGCAGGGCAGUAUGGCAUACAGGUAGAACAGUUAGCAAGUGGGUGUAGGCAGAACAGGUGUGGAUUGCACACAUGCACAUGUGCAUAUAGAUAGAACAAUUGGGCAUCUGUCCAUACUGUCAGAGCAAUUGCACACGUAUGAAUGCUUAGGCACAUGGGUAGAACAUUUGUGUAUGUACAUGUGUGUAGGUGGGAGAAGUGUAUGCAUGUAUGUGCCUGUGCAGGUGAGACAAAUGUGUCUACACGUGUGUGCACAAUCCAAGUACACACGUGUGUGUGUACAGACUGGCAGAACAACCAGGUAUAUAUGGGUGCACAGAUGCGUGUGAGUAGGCUGUGUACGCGCACAUGUGUGUUCCUGCAGGUUGUGAGACUGCCCUGGCCCUGUGCUGUGCCUGUUCCCUGGGGUUUAGCGGGGCCCUGUUGAGGAACAUGAGCAAUCCCACGCCGGCCCGUGCGGGAAGGCGCUAACUCAGCAGCUCAUAUCAAUACUGCUCCACUUACAGCGAAGGCCGCGUAAUGAAAAUCCGAUGGGCACGCUGGUGGGAGUAAAUAAGUAUGCCAUUAAA